GGUUUACAGUGGCCACCUCAGCAGGGCCAACCUUUGCCCCUAGGAGAUCACCUGUUCGAUAGGUGGAGACAGCAGACUUUACCUGCUGUCCCACACAAAGGAAGCCUCUGGAGCUAUGGGAACAGGAUUGCGCAGCCUCUCCUUUCGAGAAACCCGGUCUUCCUAUGGGAAGCUCCAGGAAGGACAACUCCGGCGAGCACUGAGUCUCCGGCAGGGCCGGGAGAAGUACAGAUCUCAGGCCCCGGAUGGAGGCCCAGACGGGCUAGAGGGCCCUGCUGAGGAGAGGCUGCCCGGGAGCCUGGGGGACACAGAGCAGCUGAUCCAAGCCCAGCAAGGAGCAGGCAGCUGGCAGUGGCUGAAACAGUACCAACAGGUGCGGAAAAAGUGGGAGAGCUUUGUCGCCAGCUUCCCCCGCGUGGCCUUGAGUCAGUCGGCCUCCCGAGAGUCCCUGCAGGACACCACUAGCUAGCAGUGCUGGAAGACGGUGACCCGAUGUUGACUUGGCCUCUUCGCGGCUCUUCUGGACUAUGGACUGCUCCAGCCUGUGUCACGUGGCUGGAGGAGGCCCCUCUUCAGUUCACGUGGAGCCCCUUGUGGCUGACCCAGGUCCUGCCCCUCCCACUCCAAGGCUGGCUCUCAGCAAAGACUCCUAAAGGGCUGAGAAGGGGUCAGCUCUGUGUCAUUUGAGCCCCCAGCACUAUGACGUGCAUGAAUAGGUUUUAGGAGCCUGCUCAGAAGCAAGGGUGUCAGUGCCCCAGCCCCACACAAGACUCCACAAGAUCAUUCACCUACUUCCAGGACAGAGCUUGAGGAAGCCAGACUUGUGGCUGAGAAGCUCUUGCAUGGCCAUCACUUGGUCACAGGGUCACCAACUGCUGCUGGUCAGCUUCUGAGGGUCCUGGACACAGGUCCCCUCCCAGACAGUGAGCCCUCACAGGCAAGGACUGCGUCUGGGAGUCCCUCUGUGCUGAGAAACCUCUGGCCAAAAGGCCCUGCUUAUUUGUUGCUGCCUUCUGGCCUCACAGUAUCCCAAUGAAGGAAGCAAGAGGAGUGUUCCUUUUGACAGAGGGGAAACUGAG